AUGCCUCCAACCUAUACGGAUGGGGACCUGGCCAUCCCCCCAUACAGACAGCAGCAACAACACCACCAGCACCAGCAAUCCCAGUCCCAAUCGUGCUCUCAACAGCAGCAGCAGCAAAGGCCUCACCGCCGCCAUGAUGCGCACAAACCCGAUGCGGAGCACCGGCUCGGGCAGUACAACAUCAUCAAGACCCUUGGCGAGGGCUCCUUCGGAAAGGUGAAAUUGGCCGUGCAUCAGGUCUCCGGGCAGAAGGUCGCUUUGAAGAUUAUUUCGAGGAAGAAGCUAAAUAAUAGGGAUAUGGCAGGGCGGGUGGAGAGGGAGAUUGCCUACCUGCAGUUGCUAAGGCAUCCGCACAUUAUCAAGCUGUUUGUUCCCGUCUGAGAAAAAAAGGGGGGUCCUCUCAUCGGUGGAGUGGUGCUGAUGGGCGGUUUAGGUAUACGGUGAUAACGACACCCAACGACAUAAUUAUGGUUAUAGAGUAUGCCGGCGGAGAACUGUUCGAGUAUAUCGUCACGAAUGGGAAAAUGACGGAGGACUCCGCGCGACGGUUCUUCCAGCAGAUAAUUUGCGCCGUGGAGUAUUGCCACCGUCAUAAGAUCGUCCACAGGGAUUUGAAACCGGAGAACUUGCUGUUGGAUGAUUACCUCAAUGUCAAGAUUGCGGAUUUUGGUCUUAGUAAUAUUAUGACGGAUGGAAACUUUCUCAAGACGUCUUGUGGUAGUCCGAAUUAUGCUGCGCCGGAGGUCAUCUCUGGAAAGUUGUAUGCGGGGCCGGAAGUCGAUGUUUGGAGUUGUGGGGUUAUCCUCUACGUCCUACUUUGCGGAAGGCUUCCCUUCGACGACGAUUAUAUACCCACGUUAUUCAAAAAGAUUGGGCGUACGUUUUUUCUUUUUGUUCUGUUUUGCCCCGCAAACCAACUCGUAUCACGUCGGGCUGCUGACGAUUUGUGUAGAGGGGAAUUAUUCAAUCCCCCACUUUUUAAGCUCCGAAGCGCGCAACCUGAUUCAAAGAAUGCUCGUGGUGAACCCGUUAUCCCGCAUAACUGUCGCGGACAUUCGACAGGAUCCCUGGUUCAACAAAGGGCUUCCGGAGUACCUUCGCCCCCCACCGGAAGAAUUCUUUAAUACAGGUGUGGAUUUUUCUAGGCUGCCGACGUGGAAGAGCAUCGAGCGAGGACCCGCGGAGCGUUUGAAAGGCGAACUCCACGAAGCGGUGGUGGGAAAGUUGGGGUCUACCAUGGGGUAUGCGAAAGAUGAUGUCCAGGAUGCGCUGAACAAGGAGGAGCCUAGUGCGAUCAAAGACGCGUACAUGAUUGUGCGGGAGAAUCAGAUGAUGAUGAGAGAUUGUGGCCUUCCCCUCCCCCUCACCCUUGGUCGCUGGUAAACUAAUGAGUAAGAAGCCCGCCUAUCGAAUGCCCACAACAUCAAAAACUUUCUCGCUCAAUCCCCGCCUGCCUGGAACUCAUACCUCCCCUCUUCCCCACGACACACACCGAACUCCCAAGCACCGAAUUCUCCCAGCUUUAACGCCCAAACCCCGCAACGCACCGCCUCACCUUUUGCUCUGCCUGGCACGAAGGAUGGCCUCGGCAUCGCGGGCGUUCCGGAGGACGUAGCAACACCAGGAGACGUCGGCCCCUCACCUUCCUCCUCAAUCUCCAUCCUACCGACCAGUCUCCCGGCAUACCACAAAGCGUAUAUGUCAGGCGCCCCGCCCCCGCCCUCACCUGCACCGUCCUCGCCGCAAAUAACCCCGCAGCAAACCCGCCGCGGACUAAGACCGAUAAACACGCGAAUCCAAUCCUCCACUAACAGGAUCGAAGGCCUGACUCCAUUGCCACCAGGCCACGCCCAGCACGCAAAGCGCCCGCGCCCAACCCGCUGGCAAUUUGGCAUUCGGAGCCGCAAUUCCCCACUGGAAGCAGUCGGAUGCAUAUACCGCGCGCUCCGAAAGCUCGGAGCGGAAUGGGAACUGGAAGAGUGUGACGAUGAUGAAGUUGGCGAAAACGGUGAAGAAGGCGACGGGAACGACUCCGACUCCGGAGGUGAGACCCCGGGCGAGGAGUACGCGAACUCGGAUACGGACUCUGCCUCCUCCCACGAAGAGGAGGCAGACAGCCAAGACACGGACAGCGACUGGCAGUCCCGGCAACACAGUCGCCACAACAAUGUCCAGCAAAACAGUAAAAAUAAGCGCACACAAACCGUCCCCACAGAUCCAUGGAUAAUCCACUGCCGCUGGCGCAAGUCCCCCCUCACCUCCACCGCUACAACCAAGCGACCCAAUUACCCGCCUGCCAAUCCCAUUGGCGAGGAAGGUCUGUAUGUGCACAUGGAAAUACAACUCUACCAGCUGGAACACAACUUUUAUCUGGUCGACUUCAAGUGUGCAGGUUACGAGCGGCUGGGGAAGAGGAAGAAGGUGGGGUUUCUAACGGAAUUGGGGGGUGAUGGGCGGGGAGUUAUUAAAGGUGAUGAUGGGAAGGAGGAGGAAGUUGCUGUUAAGGGGAGGGGGAAGGGGAAAGGGAAGAGUGGGAAUGGAGGGGAGGGCGAUGGAGGCGAUGGGGAGAAGGAAGUUAGCUCUCCGUUCCCCUUCUUGGAGCUGGCUAGUCGGUUGAUUAUUCAAUUGGCUGAGGCUACCGAGUGA